GAAAUUUUGUCAAGCAUCUUUGGGUCUAGAAAUGUCCAAUAAAUCCUAUAAAUUUCAAUGCAAACAUAAACUUUAGUGUCUUUACCAAUACAAAACAUUAACACAGCAGUAACAGUCCUCUAACAUCUUUGCCAAACACCUAAGUAAAAUGGCCACAACUCUACCAAAUAUGAGGUUCUAUGCUCCCACUUCAUCUAGCAGCAGAAUGAACAAAUUUUCCAAUGUCAAAAUGACAACAUUGCCAAGAACAAAGAAUAGAACUUUUUGCUACAAUGUAAAGGCUAUGGCAGGAGAUGAAGCAAGCUUGCAAAGGGCAAAGCAGCAUCAGUUGCCACCAAAGAUGAAGGUGUCACAAACUUCACCUAGAGUGUUAUUGAACCAGUUUCCAGUAGCCAGAACAGUGCAACAAAUGAUGGACACAAUGGAUAGGAUUGUGGAAAACCCCUUGGUGUACAAUGACAAUUCACCUUGGAUAGUUGUGGAAAAUGGUGAACACAACAAGGGAAAAAUUCCUUGGGCAAUAAAAGAAGGACAAAAUGAUUACAAAAUUAGAUUCAACAUGCCUGGUAUGAACAAAAAAGAUGUUAAGGUGUGGAUUGAAGAGAAGAUGCUGGUAGUGAAAGCAGAAAAAGUAGCCAGAGAGCAACAUCAAGGUCAAGCAAAUGGUAGGGGAGAAUUAAGUUCAGAAGAUGAAGAUUGGCCUGCAAAUAGCUAUGGUAGAUAUAAUCAUAGAAUCUCCCUUCCGGAAAAUAUCGAAUUUGAGAAAAUUAAGGCACAGGUUAGAGAUGGUGUUCUUUACGUAACAAUCCCGAAAGCAAAAACCAGUGCAAAAGUAAUUGGCAUAGAUGUGCAGUAACCUCUGUACUACAGCACUGGCAUUACAUAUUGAAGAUAUGUCCGGUGUCAACAUGUCAAUUAAUUCUUUUUUCGUUGUUGCAAUUAUUAUCGAUAUCAACGUUUCAAUGAUGUGUGAGUGCUGAUAGACAGUAACUGUAAGUUCAUAAUAAAGUUUUGAGUUAGUUUCAGUGCUACAUUCAGUUUUGUUAUCUAAUUUCUAAGAUGAGAGACAAAAUGAGAUUAUGUA